AUGCCAAAUUCAACCAGUUCCACUUCCUCCACCAAAAGCAUGAGGAGAGCUGGCUCUGAACUGGAGCGCUCCGACUCCAUCACGUCUCAGCGCUUUGUAGGGCGCAGGCAGAGUCUGAUCGAGGACGCACGGAAGGAGAGAGAAGCGGCGGAAGCGGCGGCAGCGGCGGAGGCCAACGAGCACAUCGUGUUUGAGGAGAAGGACGGAAAAGCACUGAUCAACCUCUUCUUCACCCUGAGAGGCUCCAAAGGUCCGUCCCUCUCUCGCACUCUCAAGGUCUUCGAGACAUUUGAAGCCAAGAUGCACCAUCUUGAGACCAGAGUGAGCUGUAAACCCAAAGAUGGCUCACAGGACUUGGAAUAUUUUGUGCGCUGUGAAGUUCAUGUGUCAGAUGUAAAUACUCUCGUCAGUUCCUUGAGAAGGAUUGCAGAUGAUGUCAGAACCUCUAAAGAAGUGAAAUUUCACUGGUUCCCAAAGAAAAUUGCAGAACUGGAUAAAUGCCAUCACUUGGUGACUAAAUUUGAUCCAGAUUUGGAUCAGGAUCAUCCUGGAUUCACAGACCCUUUGUACAGAAAACGACGGAAACUGAUUGGGGAUAUUGCUUUCAAAUAUAAGCAUGGGGAAACCAUUCCAAGGGUGGAGUACACACAAGAGGAAAUUGAAACUUGGCGAGAGGUCUACAAUACUCUCAGAGAUCUGUACACCACCCAUGCGUGUAAUGAGUAUUUAGAGGCUUUUAGGCUGCUGGAGAAACACUGUGGUUACAGUCCUAAUAGCAUCCCUCAACUCGAGGACAUCUCGCGCUUUUUGAAAGAAUGUACAGGGUUUCAGCUGAGGCCUGUGGCAGGUCUUCUGUCAGCACGAGACUUUCUGGCUAGUUUGGCAUUCCGUGUGUUUCAGUGUACGCAGUACAUUCGCCAUGCCUCUUCCCCCAUGCACUCCCCUGAACCGGACUGUGUACAUGAACUCUUGGGCCAUGUUCCUAUGCUGGCUGAUAAAACAUUUGCUCAGUUUUCCCAGAACAUUGGUCUUGCCUCUCUUGGUGCCUCAGAAGAUGACAUUGAGAAACUGUCAACACUUUAUUGGUUCACAGUGGAGUUUGGACUCUGUAAGCAGGGAGACUCAGUGAAAGCUUAUGGAGCAGGCCUUCUUUCCUCCUAUGGUGAGCUAGUGCAUGCACUUUCAGACGAGACGGAGAGACGAGAGUUUGACCCAGAGACUGUAGCUGUGCAGCCAUACCAAGAUCAGACCUACCAGUCUGUCUAUUUUGUGUCGGAGAGCUUUUCUGAUGCUAAAGAUAAACUGAGAAUGUAUUCGAUGGGAAUCAAGAGGCCAUUUUCAGUGAGGUUCGACCCAUUUACAAAUAGCAUAGAAGUCCUUGACAACCCACUGAAGAUCAGAGGAGGGCUGGAGUCGGUGAAAGACGAACUGAAGGUCCUUACAGAUGCUUUGAAUGUAUUGGCCUGA